GGCAGGAAGUGCCUCAGACAGUGACGCGCUCGACAUGGCAACUGGAGCAGAUCAAGCUGUCGGUUUGGGCCUCGUUGGCUUCAGUCUGUUACUGUUCAUGUACUACACCAUAUGGGUCAUAGUCCUGCCGUUCGUCGACAGCGAUCACGUGAUCCACAGUUAUUUUCUUCCUCGAGAGUACUCCGUCAUACUUCCCGGCAUAGCAGCAUUGAUACUCUUACUCUGUGUUGGUACCUUCAUAGGAAUAAUAACUUGGAAGAAUCGUAAACCAAAGAAAGCCGACUAAGACUCUCCAGUCGCUGUUGUUCAGCUGCGCAAAAAAGGACAUGGUGAAAACUCAACCUGUGUACUCACUCCUCGUGUGUAACUGUUCUCUGAAUCUUUUCAUGUAGCAUACAGUUUAGCCCUGAGGGAAUGACCAACGAGUGUAAAGGAACAAAUUAGAGACCACAAGCGGUAAAAAUGCUUAAUUAUUAUUGUAUAUAUGGAAAUAUGUCAAUUUCAUUCCACUGACAUGAAAAUAAAACAAACAUUACUGUUACAUUGUACACAGUUGCUAUGUUCACUGCAAUAACUGCUAAAACAUUGCUGUUUUGCAUUUUUGCCAUCCUAUUAGACUGUAAAUAGACAAAUGUAUGCUAGUAAAUAAAUUAUCAAAAGGCACCGCAUGGUUUGGUCACUGCUGACUGAUGAGAUGUUAAUGAAAAAAGUACACACAUUUCAGUUGUUUUUUUGUACACACUGCAAUAAAUAAUUAUUGCAUAAA